GCCAUACAUAGAUUAGCACCAAUUGUAACACAGAGAGAGAGAGAGAGAGAUGGCAGCAGAUGAUACCAGUAAUGUAUUUGAAGCACAUCCAAUGGAAGGUGGAGAUGGCCCCAACAGCUAUGCCAAGAACUCCAUUGUGCAGAGAGGAGUUGUGGAUGCAGCCAAAGAACUUGUAAAAAGGGCAAUUGUAGAAACACUCAACAUAGACAUCUUGUCAUCUUCAAACUCCUUUAAAAUUGCAGAUCUGGGUUGCUCUGUUGGGCCUAAUACAUUUUAUGCAGUUGAAAACAUGAUUGAAGCUGUGGAGUUCAAGUAUCAAAGCCAGGGGCAGAAUUCACAAAUCCCAGAAUUUCAAGUCUUGUUUAAUGACCAUGCCUCAAAUGACUUUAACAUGCUCUUCAUAUCCUUCCCUGAGAACAAACGAUACUAUGCAGCCGGUGUGCCUGGUUCUUUCUAUAGUAGAGUAUUUCCUAAUGCUUCCAUCCACUUAGUUCACUCUUCCUAUGCCAUUCAUUGGCUUUCUAGAGUACCGAAAGAGGUGUUGGACAAACACAGUCCUGCUUGGAAUAAAGGAAAAAUUCAUUACUUAAAUGCCAGAGAUGAAGUAGUAAGGGCUUAUGAAGCUCAAUAUGUCGAGGACAUGGAGUGCUUCCUGCAUGCUAGAGCACAAGAGAUUGUGUAUGGAGGACUAAUGGUACUUAUCUUUCCGGGCCGCCCCAAUGGCUCCGCUAGUUCUCAAGCUUGGGCAAAUAUGAGCUUCCAAGUUUUGGGAUCUUGCCUCAUGGACUUGGUUAGAAAGGGAGUAGUUAGCGAAGAGAAGGUAGAUUCAUUUAACAUACCUGUGUAUUCAAUGUCUCCCAAAGAACUAGCAGCUGCUGUAGAAAGAAAUGGAUGUUUUAGCAUAGAGAUGGUGGCAGACUUGCUUGUUCCCCCGGUAGAUGACACUAGCUCAAUGCCACAACUAAUUGCCUCUCACAUUAGAGCUGGCAUGGAGGGGAUAUUGAAGCAGCAAUUUGGAGAGGAACUUAUAGAUAAGCUCUUCGAUUUGUAUCGGGAAAAAUGUGAAGAGCAUAUCUCCACCACAGACACAGGGAAGCCAGUUAACUUCCUUGUGGUGCUUAGACGCAAGGAAGAUUGAUUUGAACACGAUGUCCUAGUACUUGUGAUUUGUGAAGCAUGAACAUCCUUGAGCUUCAUUGUUAUGUUCUAUUUAUAAUGUGCUGUAGUGACAAGUAAAAUUGCUGCAGUACACACUUGUAAUCCACCUUUCACGAGAGGUGCAAACGCAUUUUUCUUUUUUGUGCUUUAAGUUGUGAUGCUUCUAAUAGGCUUCGAACUUGAUUGCAAUUUGCGAAGUCAUCUAAACUAGUAUAAAGGGAGUCGGUAAAUCAUUAUGCACUAUUCUGCAUCU